GUUUUGCUGUGACGUCUGCCAUCUGUGCCGUCGUGAGAAACUGCGAAAGCCAAGAAACUGUAGUGUCAUACUGUUAUUCAGUUUGAAGUAAUUGAAGUAUUUUAGCGAAUCAAGCGAUGAUGAAUUUAUUGAUUGAAAAUGGGAAAGGAAAUUUACCUGAUUAUGAGGUACAGGGAGUGAAAAAAGUAAAUUUUAAUCCAUAUUCCGACAAUGGAGGGAGUGUUGUAGCUCUCGCUGGGGAUGAUUUCUGCGUCAUAGCCGCAGACACGCGUCUCAGCACUGGAUUCACGAUUCACACUCGAAAUCAAGAUAAAUUAUUUCCAUUGUCAGACACAACUAUCUUAGGAUGUUCCGGUUGUUGGUGCGAUACCACAACUCUAACUCGUCUCCUAUCCGCUCGCAUGCAGAUGUAUAAACACGAACAUCAAAAGGAAAUGUCAACUCCAGCGGCGGCACAAAUGCUGUCGAUAAUGCUAUAUCAUAAGAGAUUCUUUCCUUAUUAUGUUAGUAAUAUACUUGCUGGAUUAGAUGAGAAUGGAAAAGGCUGUAUAUAUAGCUAUGAUCCAAUUGGACAUUGUGAGAAAACUACAUACAGGGCCGGCGGUUCAGCUGGUGCACUUUUGCAACCACUUCUUGAUAAUCAGAUUGGUUACAAAAAUCAAGAAGGUGUUACUCCUGCACCUUUAACUCAAGAAAAAGCUAUAGCGAUCUUAAAAGACGUUUUUACUUCUGCUGCUGAAAGAGAUAUAUACACAGGUGAUGGAAUAACUAUCAAAAUUAUUACCAAGGAUGGAAUAGAAAUCUCCAAUUUUGCUCUAAGAAAGGAUUAAUGGGAAAAGAAAGCAUUUAUACUUAUAUCUGCGCAAAUAAAGUUAUUUGAGUAUAUCAA